AUGUCAAACAACACUACAGCAACAAGUGUCAAGUCAAGCGAAGCUUUGAUUGUUGCUUAUUAUCCAUUCACUUUAAUCAUUGUUGGUACUCUACUAAAUCUUUUAACAUUCAUUAUUCUUUGUCGACCAACAUUCAAAGAUACAAAAAAACAACCAAUAAUUCAUUACAUGCGUACAAUAGCUAUUUUUGAUAUUCUUAUGUUAUAUGGAUGGAAUCUUGAUCAUUAUCUACAAAUUGUGCAUGGAUAUAUACUUCUAACAUAUUCAAUUGCAACAUGCAAGAUUUUUGGAUUUCUUAACUACUUUGCUUCACAAUCAUCAGCUUGGCUUCGUGUAUUUAUUUGUCUUGAUCGAUAUUUAUCAGCAAGUCGUCUUCAUCGUACAUGGUUUAGUCAUCAAAAAAGUGUUCUCAUCAUUAUUACAAGCAUUAUUCUCUUUUUUAUGCUAUUCAAUUUACAUUUUUUAAUUUUUACUUGUUUUUAUAGAUCGAAUGGUUCAAUUAAUCCUAAUUCUCAACUAUAUAAAAUAUAUCCACUAUGGGAUUAUAUUAAUUUAGGUUUAUAUAAUUGUGCACCAUUCAUAUUAAUGAUUAUAUUCAAUAGUGGUGUUAUCUAUCAUUUGAUCCGUCAUCGUCAUACACGUAUAAUUCAAAAUUCACGUAUUCAACAUCGAGCUAUAUCGAUUACUUUGGUUCUUACAACAUUUCUCUUUUUGAUUAUGACUAUACCAGCAACAAUUGUUGCUGCAUUUUUCUUCACAACACCAACUACUGCUCUUGCAAAAAUAUUAGAUUCAGCUCUUUAUACAUAUCAUAUAACAUCAUUUCCACUUUAUUUUAUUACAUUUG